AUUGAAAACCAUUUGAAAGACAGCAACACAUUUGGCGCGCGACUGAUCUCUUCAGUUCACUAACAUAUCUUCAGAUAGUCGGUGGUCAUCAUCAUUGCGAUCUAUACCGAAGACCGAAGAAGAAGUUUUGUUAGUUGAUAAUGAUAUCGUCGUUGUCAUCGUUGGCAUCGUUGGUCAAAACACGUAAACAGUGUAUCGAUGGCCAAGUAUUUCGCUGUCACUAUCAGCUGACUGUCAUACUGUUGGUCACCUUUUGUGUGAUAAUAUCAUCGAAAAUAUUGGUCGGCGAACCCAUUGAUUGCGAAAUCAAUGACAAGACUGUGUCGAAAAGUUUCAUUAAUACCUAUUGUUUUGUCAACUCGACCUAUUCAAUUGAUCCCGAAUUUAUUGUCAACUUCUACCAAUCCGCGGACAAUAAUAAUAAUAAUAAUAAUAAUCGCCUUCAACGACACGGCUUAGGACACUAUGGAUCCGAUCAUAAACUUAUUUACCACUAUUACUAUCAAUGGGUUUGGCUGAUGCUAUUCAUUCAAGCGAUUUGUUUUUAUUUUCCUCAUUGGCUAUGGAAGUGCUUCGAAGCCAAUAAAAUAUCUUCACUGGUAACUGAUUUAAACUAUUUUUCAUCCGAUAGUCAAGUAAUCGAUAAGAAAGUCGACCUAAUUGUCGACUAUUUAUAUAAAAUCAAUGGUAUUAACGAUUGGUAUGCCUUGAAGUACUACUUUUGCGAAGUCCUAUCGCUAAUCAAUGUUAUCAUACAAAUCGUUGCCAACGAUAUCUUUCUGAGCCAUCAGUUCAACGAUUAUGGCUUCCGAUUGUUUCGUUAUCUGACAUCCGAUCCGACCGUCAAAGUGGAUCCCAUGUCUAAAAUAUUUCCAAUACUAAGCAAAUGUGAAUUGAAUCGGUUCGGUUCGACCGGUAGUGUCGAAAGACUGGACACACUUUGUCUGCUAUCUGUCAAUAUAUUCAACCAAAAGAUCUAUCUGUUCCUAUGGUUUUGGUACUACUUCCUGGUCAUUGUAACCAGUUUUGUGUUUGCCUUUCGGCUGCUAUUGAUUUGUUGUCCACAAAUUCGUUACUAUGUCUACCGCUAUCGGCUCACAGAGUCACGACUAACGGCUAGUGAAUACCAAACCAAACGUCUGAUCUCACGUCUCAAACUCGACGAUUGGUUUAAACUAUUACUGUUGAGCAAAAAUAUAGAGUCCAUACUAUUUGCCCGAAUUAUCGACAAAUUGUGCGAAAAGUUUUAUAUCGACGACGAAUUGAAUGGCAAAAUCAAUGACGAAGUGUCCUAUCUUUAAGUCAAGAGUAUCUGUUUGUUUGUCUAUCUGUCUGUCUGUCUGUCUCUCUGUUUGUCUGUCUGUCAUAUGAUUUAAAAUCAUUUUUUAAUUUAUUUUUUUAAAAACAUUUUUACC